GCCCGCCAAAAUUUCUAAUAUUUUCUCACUAUGUUGUGAAAAAAUCUGUAACUGGAUAAACAGUUUCUUACUAAUCUUAUAUAUUCACAUCGAAAUUGUUCAGUUCGUCAGUUGUAUGUGUACAUCGAGAAUCAUCACUAGUAUUUUCUUGAUACAUAUGUUGAUAUAUACCACCAAUUAAGGCCAUGGAAGAAAAUUCACCAGAAGAACAGCAUCCCAUUAAGGCAUUUGGUUGGGCUGCCUCUGAUGCUUCUGGUGUUCUGUCUCCUUUCCGUUUCUCCAGAAGGACAACCGGUGAAAAAGACGUUCAAAUCAAAAUAAUGUAUUGCGGAAUAUGUCACACCGAUCUUCAUUUCACUAAGAAUGACUGGUGCUCUACAGAGUAUCCUAUUAUUCCAGGGUAAGCAUAUCCCUCUCUUUACCUCCAAAAAAUUGGGAACUUCCGUACUUGUUUUUGAACAGUUCAUCAAUGUUUUGCAUACGAAACAAACUUCCAAAGACUUUUAGAAGUUUUCUGUGUUGGUGGAUAUAUAGGCAUGAGAUUGUUGGUGUGGUGACAGAAGUAGGCAACAGAGCAAUCAAGUUCAAAAUUGGAGAUAAAGUUGGGGUUGGAUGCAUAGUUGGAUCAUGUCUAUCAUGCGAGGAUUGCGAUAACAAUCUCGAAAACUAUUGUAAAACAGCCAUUGCGACUUACAAUUCAACCUAUCACGACAGAACCCCAACGUACGGAGGCUAUUCUAACAUUGUAGUUGUUGAUGAGCAUUUUGUUGUGAGAAUACCCGACAAGUUACCUCUUGAUGGUGCAGCACCACUUCUGUGUGCUGGGAUCACAACUUACAGUCCACUGAGGCACUUUGGUUUGGAUAAGCCCGGAAUGCAUGUCGGAAUUGUAGGUUUGGGUGGAUUAGGCCAUGUUGGUGUCAAGUUUGCAAAGGCUUUUGGAGCGAAGGUUACUGUUAUUAGUACAUCUCCGCAUAAGGAAAAAGAGGCAAUUGAUCAUCUUUUAGCCGAUUCGUUUUUAGUCAGCACUGAUGAUGAUCAGAUGAAGGCUGCUGUUAAUACGAUGGACGGGAUCAUUGACACGGUAUCGGCUGUUCAUCCUCUGCUCCCAUUGAUUAGUCUGUUGAAAUCUCAUGGAAAGCUUAUUUUGGUUGGGGCUCCGAGUAGACCACUCGAGCUGCCAGUGUUUCCUCUGCUUGCAGGAAGAAAAACAAUAGCAGGAAGUGGGAUUGGAGGGAUUCAGGAGACACAAGAAAUGCUGGAAUUUGCAGCAGAACACAACAUAGUUUGUGACAUUGAAGGCAUCCCCAUGGAUUACGUUAAUACUGCAAUGGAGCGUCUUGCCAGAGCUGAUGUCAAAUACCGAUUUGUAAUCGAUGUUGCUAACACUCUAAAGGCUUGUGAAUAAAAGUAGUAAUUACUAGUUUGUGAUCGUGCUGCUUUUGUUCAUGAUGUGAUCAUUUUUACAUUGUUAACCUUAAUUAAAAAAUUAAUGUUUUUUGUAUUGCAUGCUAAUCAUUCUCAAAAAGGACAAUGACCGAAUCGUGGUGCCUUGCUUGGUGAUGAUGCUUGAUCUUAUUGUGUCUCAUCUGAUUAUUUUGAGUUUAGACUAAUUGAAAAAUCUUAUUCUUGCCC